UUUCUGCUCUUCUGUUUCCCUUGUCCUUGCUUCUCACCGUGGUCAAUGGCGUCGGUAAAGAGUUGAUAAUGAAAUUUCUCCCUCUCCAAGCCAUAGGCAACUAAACUUCUCAUUAGGUUGAUUAACAUAAUCAGGAUACCACCUGCCUGCAACACCAAGAAAAACAUAAUCAGAGACUGUCAACCUGGGCCUCUAUAUUUCCCAGCAUAUAUGGGUCGGAGAAACAGUAAACUGUUAGAAUGCAUUUUGGUAGUCUGACUUUUCUUUAUUUUAUAUCAAAAGCACAGGAUACCAGAGUUGUGACACACUCUCUGCUUCUGCUUCUGCUUCUGCUUCUGCUGCAGUAAAGCUAGUUAGUGUGGUUGACUCUGUUUAGCCCCUGUUCUGUUUCUGGCAAAUGGCUGGUGGAGCUGCCAGAAUAUCCAACUCAAAGCAUCAAAAGCAUGAUGGGGAUGAGGAUGUUUAUGAUAGGAUCAGUGCCUUACCUAACGUGCUUCGCACUCACAUACUGUCUUUUCUUCCAACCAAAGAAGCAGUUAGGACCUGUGUCUUGUCCAAAAGGUGGAAAUUUGCUUGGACUUCAAUCUCUGAGCUUGAAUUCAUAGAAGCUGGAGUUUCUGGGACAAAUAGGAGGAUAAAUGAACAAGGUUUUGAGAAGUAUGUGGAUGGAGUCCUUGGUCGCCAUGAUGCUCUUUUCAUCAAUAAGUUUAUACUCCAGUGCUGGUGCCGUGACUUCCAUCAUCAACAUCUUCCAUUGCAUGUUUCUAAAUGGAUUUCUACUGCCAUUGCACUUAAUGUAGAGGAGCUAGAUAUCCUUGUCCGUGGUUUAGAGCCAGUUGCCUUGCCUCCUUGUCUGUAUACUUGUGGAAGGCUUAAAGUUCUAAAACUAUGUGGAAUUCUCUCUUUACAAGUUCCUGAAUUGGUGUGCUUAAAUGGUCUGAAGAUUCUAUGGCUUCAAGGGAUAAUGUUUCUAGAAGACAACUCUUUGAGGAAGCUACUCUCUGGUUCCCAAUUUCUAGAUGAAUUACUUGUAAGAACAACCCCUUGGAAUUCAAGAUCGCUUGGAAUUUCUUCACUAUCAUAUAUUUCUUCACCAUCAUUGAAAAUUUUAAAAAUACAAGAUUGCCUGGGAUAUCCAGAAACUAUGGACCAUAGUAUUGUUGUUGAUGCUCCAAACAUGACAGAUCUUCAUAUUUCAAUUGAAGAUGCAAGGAGGAAAUGCUAUACGGUGAAGAACUCACCCAACCUAGUUUCUGCUCAUAUUGAAAUCAAUCCCUCACCGAGUGCUGAUGUAUUUGUUAAGCUUCUUGAAAACAUCUCUCACAUAAGUAGACUAAACUUAUUGGGAUUAACGAAAGAUCUUCUUGAAGUUGAUCAUUAUCAGAAUGUACCAGUAUUUCAUAAUUUGAAGCAUUUGACAAUCGAAAUUUUAGAAGGUGGCUGGCAAUGACAGCAUAUGACAUGCAUACUUGAACGAUCACCAAAUUUAGCAUCUCUGUCCCUGAAUCCAGGAAAUUUCUACCCUGAGUGGCAUCAACCAGAUCAUGUUCCCGGGUGCUUUUCCUCACACCUUGAGGAGGUCAUCAUUAGAAAUUUUGAAGGUUGGGAUGGUGACCUGCAAGUAAUAGGGUAUCUUCUGAAGCGUGGAACAGUCUUAAAGAAGAUGAUCAUUUGCCCUAGUGACCGACCAAUUUGGAUUCAGGGCAGUUCACUGAGGCCAUCAAAAUUGGAGUUGGAUGUUUUUAAGCAGAUGUUAAUGUUUCCAAGGGGGUCAGCCACAUGUCAGAUUGUAUUUUCUUGAGUUUCUCAUUUUGGACUAUUUUUUUGAACUUUUAUAGUUUCUGUCUAAUUUCUUGGGUUGUAGGUGUAAUUUUGGUUCUCUGACGUGAAAUUCCAACUUUGAAGAAACAUUUUGUUGAUGGAAGGCAUUUCUGUGGCUAAAUCAUUUUGCUACAGGUAAAUAUAAAUUAAUUUUAAUCUCAUUAAGCAAACAAGAAGAUUAACUUUCUUUCAUUUUCUUAUGGAGUUAACUUGGAACUAGACACAUGAGAUCUUAGUACAUAUAGGUAGGUAGCUGUGCAUAAUGACAUUAAACCAGAAAAUAUAUAUAUUGAUUGAUAAUGUAAUAUGAUUUUCAAUUUUUUUUAAUUGAAAAUCAUAUUACAUUAUCAAUCAAGAUAUUUUUUUGAUUUAUAUCUUUAUACACAACUUCCUUUUUGUGUAUGUAGCCAACAGCUUGGUUGUUUGUAACAUGUAUGGUUCAAAGUCAAUCCUAUAGGAAAAAGAAAGAAGGAAAAAUUUUCUCUUUACUUAAUGAAAUUAAAAUUAAUUUGUAUUU